UCCGAGAGGAAUUUUUCAAGCAAGUUCAGUUUUUCUUGUAAGAAAAAUACUGUGAAAAAAUCUUAUUGGAAAACGAAAUUAAUAAAAAAAGGAAUAAUUUAGGUAACGUUAUAAGAAAAAUAAAACAAAAGAAAUAAGUGCUGAAUAAAAGUGAUUCCUUCGUAUAAAUUUUGCUGCAGUUAAAGAAAUGAAUAAUCUGGAUCACGUAAAGAACUUCUAUCCGGAGAACUAUAAAUUAGAUCUGUCGGAAACUAUGAAGGCAGCACUCUCAAAGGGCCCAGGAGGAGUAGGAGUUGGUGUCAAUGUAGGUGGGCUUGGUGGUGGGGGUGGUAGUGGGACAGGUGGUGCUGGCGGCAGUGGCGGGGCACAUGGAAUGGGCGCGCCAGUCUCCCAUAGUGAAAUACAGGGAGCUAGCGGUACUGGUAUCCCUGGUGUUGGAUACGUAACAGAGAAACUGUAUAUGUUAUUGCAGCUAUACUUGCAAAAUAAAGGAUGGAAUCCCAGUGCUGAAUUAUUGCAAUGUUUCACAGAUCUAAAGGAUAACGCUAUGCUUCCUAGCGCAGCCUAUUUGCAAAUUCUAGCUAAUCGUCUGACACUGGACGCGCAGGGACGUUUAAUACUGCGUGAAAACGGCAAAAUUGUUCUUCCAUUUGAGCAUUUCGCUAACGCCGUAAUGCUGAAGCACAUGUCUGGGCCCCAUGGAUUACAUUUAAGUGUUGAAGCUACUGUGCGCGCGGUAAUCGAAUCUUAUACUAUUGGUCGAGAAAAUUUCGGAAUGGAGAAGGAAUUUAUUAUUGAAGUAGUACAGUCUUGUCCCAGCCCGGCAUGUCGAUAUUAUAAGAACCAUCUUGGUAUGUCACCGUUGCCAUUUAUGGAGCAACAAUUUCCGGGUGUGAAUCCCGCAGACUUCCUACAGCAUUUGCCGCACUUACCACCACCACCGCCACCGUCUCAUCAAAUGGUCGCUGGCUCUGCAAACAGUGGAGUGUCAUCAACGGGAUCUGCUAGCUCUGGUGGGAGUAGUAGUAAUGUUGGUCCCACUGGCAGUUCCGUGGGUGCUGGCGGGGAAGUCGACUUAACCAAAAGUUCAUCAGCAUCACAUGCACCAACACCAAAAGUCCCAGUGGUGCCAACACAGUUACAAAUGCUCACAAAACAGCAGCAAAAUAGUAUUCAAUCUCAGUUGUCACAACUUAGUGCGGCUGCGGCUGCCGCAGCGCACCACCAGCAACAACAACAGCAAGCAGCUGCUGCGGCUGCAGCUGCAGCUGCCGCUAAACAACAGCAACAACAACAAGCCCAGGCACAGGCCCAAGCACAGGCAGCAGCUGUAGCUCAGCAACAACAGCAACAACAAUUGACGGCAGCACUCUUGCAGCAGCAACAGAGUCGUGCAUUGGCACAGCAAAGUUUGGAAAAAUUCAAUAAUUUAACCGCUUUAGAGAAACAGCGAGUGUUACAACAGUUAGACCCCAAGCAUUUCGAUCCAAUGGCCGUAGCUGCAGCAGCAGCUAAUCUGCAAAUGCAGGGCAUUAAUGAUUUUAGGGUAGCCGCAAUUGCCGCAGCAGCUGCACAAGCUGCUGGAAAUUCUGCUAUGGUGCCACCGUCUUCCACUACUGCAUGCGGAUCUUCAAUUACCGUCAGCAGUGGCAUUAAUAGCAGUAAUAAUAAUAUGAUUGGAAGUGGAAGUAGCAACAGUGGUAUGGGAAGCAGUAGUGGCAAUUUAAGUAGCGCAGCUGUUUUGCCUUCAUCUGUUGGUAUCAUGAGCACCAGUGGCAGCAGUAGUAGUUCAGUACACAAUUCUGUUAGUAGCUCAAGUAACAGUAACAUGAUUGGUAUAAGUGGCAGCGCCAGCAAUAGCAACAGUCAUCAUACUCAUCAAUUGCCACCGCCAUCACAAUCGCCUAGCGCUCACUCCAGUCACUCUUCGUCAUCGUCUUCAUCGCAUUCAACAGAACAAAUUGUGCAGAAAAACGUAGAGCUAUUGCGCUCCAAUUUGGAAUCGAUCGAAUCUAAUAAAGACUUGUUGGCAUUGCAUAAUGGCGCUUGGACUGUGCCAGAUAAUAAUCGUGAACCUUUACCAGUGGGUCAAGAUAAAAUAGUACGUAUUUUUGCUGAGCUCAUGCGUAAUAUGGCACGUAUGAAGACUUAUAUACGUCCAUCAAUGUGUAAACCAUAUGGCAAACAGAGCGAAAGCUUACAAAAAACACUUCUGGAUACAAUUCAAAUUGUGCAAACUCUACGUAAUUGCUUACCAGCACCACACAUCCCGGUAUCAUCGUGGAAAAGCGAAAGCGAGGGCAGCGCUGGAUUAAUAACUUCUAACAGUGGCGUAGGAGGUAAUACUGGUACUAACGUAAUGGGUGGGGUUGUUGGUAGUGGAUUAAUGGUGACAAAUAGAGUGGAGAAUUUGACCAAUUGAAUGUAAGCAAAAAGUUAUAAUUUUCUUAUUCGUCAACUAGUAUGUUUGUAGAAACUUAAAUAAUUUUCUCGAAGAACAUCCUUUCUUACAGUUGUCUAAAUUGUGAUAACAAAUCGCAUUCUUGACAACGUUUCAAUAAUUUAAUUUUCAACCGAUCUGAUGCAUUAGAAAUACCGAUUAUUGUUAUCUUCUGGUUACUGUUAUUUUGCCCUCAUUAUCGUUUCGUUUUGGCCAUACCUAAAGCAAAUUCAUUUAAGAUGGUAGCAAUACUAAAAACACCAAAUUGUUCAUGUAUUUUGGUUUCGAAUUUUAAUUUGGUUGUUGAAUGUCAAAAUCAGCUGAUUACUCUUUAUGAAUUUCGAUCAGAAUGUAAACAAAAACAGAUCACUUAGGCAUUGAAACCACCAAAAUGAAAGAAAAACCAAGUCAGCUAUUUUAGUAACACUACCGUAUAUUGCGUGCAUGUGCAGCCCUAAACUCUACGCGAAUGUGCAUUAAAAAAAGAACGCACAUACGAUUUUCAAGCU